CAAUUGUUCACUCACAGAAGAACAACCUAAUUCCGCAUUGUUGACAUUGAACGCAUUUUUGCAAACGAACGAAACCAUGAGUUCCAAAUCACUCUUUGCAAGCGAAGAAGAUGCAGCGCAAGCUAACAAAUUCGCUAACAAGGCCAAGGAAUCGCCAUUCAUGUUGGUUGGCAUUGCUGGCUUCGUGGCGGCGGGUCUAAUCGGUGCCUACAAGUACAGGAAUCGCGGCACGAUGAGCACCAGUGUGUUCCUUAUGCAACUGCGUGUGGCCGCACAGGGAACCGUUGUGGGCUGCCUGACGCUGGGCCUGGGCUAUCAAAUGGCCAAGGAGUAUCUUUUCGAAAAGGAGCCGAAGGAAAAUGUGAAGUCAUUGACUAAUUAAUGCAAAAACAAUUUGAUUGAUUUGGCCUGCACAAUUCCCCUGACACCAACUAUCCAAAAACAAAACAUUGCCAGAGGCUUUGACGACACUCAAAAAUGUAAACAAAUUUUAUUACAACGUAUUUAUUACACCUAGCAUAUACCACUGUACUGUAAGCCAAGAAUGGGAAACAUUAGUUGCAAUAAAUUGUAAAAUGUUUCGCUUCGACGAGCAUUAUUAAGCUAAUGUUUUGUGUACCUGUCUAAGAUUGUGAUAAUGCGUACGGGUUUGGUAAAAAAUGAACCGUGAAAUGUAAACUGUCGAAUAGUACAGUCUAAUAGUUAAAAGAAUACCUCCUUUAUAAAUGUUAUACAAUUAAAAUCAAAUAUUUAAGUUUAA